AUGCGCGCCGUCGCCACGCGCGCCGCCGCCGCCGCCGUCCUGCUGGCGGCGUCGGCGCGCGCCGUGACCUACGAGACGCUGAGCCUGGGCUCCUGCGUCGCGAACGUGAAUUUGAUCAUCCCGUCGAACCCGACGUCGCUGAUCGUCGCCUUCCACGGCUCCGGCGACGACGCCGACGGCCUCGAGCAGCUCCUCAUGACGGGCAUCCUGCUCGACGAGGAGGACUUUAGCGACGACGAGCGCGAGGACAUCUACGCGCGCGAGGAGGCCGAGGCGCUCCUCGAGGCGAGGGGCGUCAUGCUCGCCGUGGCCAACGGCCACGAGAGCGAGUGCUGGAUCUUCGGCGAGGGGCGCUUCUGGUACGCGACGAGCACGUGCUGCUCCUGCUUCCACGCGGGCGUCUGCGACCAGGACGACGACCGCAUGCAGCUCGACUCGGACUACGCGCGAUUCCUCGCGAUCCGCCUCUACCAGACCUACGACACGCUCGACCCGCGGCGGCUCUUCGUCUACGGCUUCAGCAACGGCGGCGUGCUCGCGCAGCGCGUCGCCUGCGACCACGCGGACCUCUUCGCGGGCGUCUGGAGCCAGGCCGGCGCGCUCGUCGCGGGCGCGGGCGACUACACCGACCUCGCCGACAACGCGUACUGCAGCCCGUCGUCGCCGAUCCACGUCGUCAACGAGCACGCCGUCGGCGACUCGGCGAUCCCCUACGACGGCGGCAGCGUCUCCGCGCUCGUCGAGUCGCUGACGGACUGGUGCGGCGUCGACGCGCCGGACGACUACGAGGGGAACGCGGUCGGCGCGCUCGCGACGUUCAGCGCCUGGGCGAACCACAACUGCGACGACGCGUCGCUGCCGGCCGGCGGCGACGCCAUGGACGCGGGCGCCUGGGACGCCUACAACGCGGACUACGACGACGAGGGCGAGAACGAGGACGAGGCCGAGGACGUGCUCGCCGCGGACGCGGCGGACGCGCCCGACACGACCCUGGUCGAGGCGACGGGCUGCGUCGCCGGCGGGUCCGCGACGCUCGCCAUGGUCGACCGCUGUGCCGAAUUCAACCACUGGUUUGGGUGGUCCUGA